CCCUGGUUUUGGACUUCUGGCCUCCAGAAUGUCCAGGGGCACUGCUGAGGCUUUGGAACCCGGCCCGAUGGACCCCAAACUGGGCAGAAUGGCGUCAUCUCUCCUUGCUGUCCUGCUGCUGCUCCUGGGAGGCAUGUCCUCACCCCACCCCGGCCUGGUCGAGAAGGUCUUCCGGUACAUGGAUCUCCAUCAGGAUGAAUUUGUGCAGACGCUGAAGGAGUGGGUGGCCAUCGAGAGUGACUCCGUCCAACCCGUGCCCCGCCUCCGACAAGAGCUCUUCAGGAUGAUGGCCGUGGCUGCCGAGGAGCUCCGGCGCCUGGGCGCCAGCGUGGACCUCGUGGACCUGGGCUCUCAGCAGCUGCCCGAUGGGCAGACUCUCCCGAUGCCUCCCGUCAUCCUGGCCGAGCUGGGGAACGAGCCAGGGAAACCCACCGUGUGCUUCUACGGCCACUUGGACGUGCAGCCGGCGAGGCAGGCCGAUGGGUGGCUCACGGACCCUUACACGCUGACGGAAGUGGACGGAAAACUGUACGGACGGGGAGCCACAGACAACAAGGGCCCCGUCCUGGCGUGGGUCAACGCCGUGAGCGCCUUCCGGGCCCUGGGGGAGGAUCUCCCGGUGAACAUCAAGUUUAUCAUUGAAGGGAUGGAGGAGGCCGGUUCUGUGGGCCUGGAGGAACUUGUCACGAGAGAAAAGGAGGGGUUCUUUUCCAGCGUGGACUACAUCGUGAUUUCAGACAACCUGUGGGUCAGCCGGUGGAGGCCCGCGCUCAUCUACGGAACGCGAGGGAACAGCUACUUCACGGUGGAGGUGAAAUGCAGAGAUCAGGACUUUCACUCAGGGACCUUCGGUGGCAUCCUUCAUGAGCCAAUGGCUGACUUGGUGGCUCUUCUCGGUAGCCUCACAGACUCGUCUGGUCACAUUCUGAUCCCUGGGAUCUACGACCACGUGGCUCCUGUCACAGAGGAGGAGAGAGACAUGUACGGGGCCAUCGACCUGGACCUAGAGGAAUAUCGGAGCAGCAGCCAGGUGCGGCGGUUUCUGUAUGACACCAAGGAGGAAAUUCUGAUGCACCUGUGGAGGUUCCCAUCUCUUUCCAUUCACGGGAUCGAGGGGGCGUUUGAUGAGCCCGGGACUAAAACUGUCAUACCUGGCCGAGUGACAGGAAAGUUUUCCAUCCGCCUGGUCCCUCACAUGGACGUGUCUGUGGUGGAGAAACAGGUGAAGCAGCAUCUCCAGGAUAUAUUCUCCCAAAGAAACAGUCCCAACCAGAUGGCUGUUUCCAUGGUCCUGGGACUACACCCGUGGGUGGCAGAUGUCAAAGACCAUCAGUAUCUUGCAGCAAAAAGAGCCAUCAAAACAGUGUUUGGAACGGAGCCAGACAUGAUCCGGGAUGGAUCCACCAUACCAAUUGCCAAAACGUUCCAGGAGGUUAUCCAGAAGAGUGUGCUGAUGCUUCCGCUGGGCGCCGUUGACGACGGGGAGCACUCUCAGAAUGAGAAGAUCAACAGGCGGAACUACAUAGACGGAUCCAAAUUGUUGGCUGCCUUUUUCCUAGAGGUGGCUCAGCUGCACGAGUAACGACAGGAACCUUCCCGCUUAGGCCCGGCCUGCUGACAGAUCCCCUCGCCCACACCCUGGACAGCAAGGAACCAAAUAUCCAGAGAAUUUCGGUCCAGGAGAUAAUGUUUUCCCUCCCAUUUAAAGCAUCUUUGGACACUUGGACCAGUGAUAUGGCGUCUCAAAGGUACAGACGUUGGGAAUGCUUUAAUGUCCCCGUUGCACGCCUCUAAAGUCACAGCUACCGUCACCAGCCUGAUCUCCCCAGGGUCAGCUGCAGCAGCCCAGGACUGGACUCGUUCUGCCCUUGGAGCACAAGGACGAUUCUUUUACUGGACCUCCCCUUGCCAUGACUGGCGUGGUCACUCUAGCUUGCUGUCUCGUCUGGAAGUACCCAGGACACAUAAUCAUUCCACGCAGCGACUGCCAGUACUCACCCUGCCCUUGCCCGGGCCACCUCUCCCCUUUACCUUGUUAAUAAAAAUGUUGGUGUCCACCACUGA